UAUUUCUGAUUUUAGUGAAGGUACAAUGAUGGAGCUAAUGGGACGCAUUGACAAAGCCAUAAGGAAAUUAGAGGUACCAAUAUCAGAGGAUAUAAAGACUCAUAAAGUAUUGGAUGAUGAAAUUAGCAGUGACAGUAAUGGGCCAACUGCACUCAAACAUUUAUUACAACAAUCAUCGAUAAUUGGUCAUUUGGAUUCAUUAGGAUUGCUAUCCAGUGAUAGUUUAUUUAUUGAAUUUGGAGCUGGAAGAGGUAAAUUGUCUCAUUGGAUACAGUUAGCAUCAAAUAAUGACGAAUUGAUUGAUUUUCUAUUAAUUGAUAGAUCAAAUCCUAAAAGAAAGUUUGAUAUGUAUCAUCGGUUUGACACUCAAGGUCCAAAGUUUGAAAGAUUAUUGAUUGAUAUAGAGCACCUCGACUUAGGUAUAGACUUCAAUGGGGUGAGCCUGAGUGAGCCCACUUGAGCAAAAUAUCAUUGUUUAUCUGUACACACACGUCACCCUUAUCUGAGUACACACUUGAUAUACUUCUUUUAGAGUAGGCCAAGUUUACUGUUGGUCUUAAUGAUCACAAAUUUACUUGUACUUGCGAAUUAAUCACUGCAAUUUAGAUAACCAAAA